GCGCAGCAUUCAAUAUGGCCACCAAAAAGAUAAUUUCUAUAUUACCUGAUCAAGCAUAAAACGUAUCUAUGUUACUCUUUAUUAAAAGAUUAAGGAAGUUUACGCAAAAGUGGCCUGGCAAGAAAACUUUUGGUGUCUACCGUUUCUUACCAUUAUUUUUCGUUUGUGGGGCACUAUUAGAAUUUUCUAUGAUCAAUUGGCAGGUUGGCCAGGUUAACUUUUAUAAAGUAUAUAAAAAACGAAUUGUACAAGAGAUGGUUGAAGAAAAAAUACGGAAAAUGGAAGGAGAACAAUUUUAAGUACUAAUAUAUGCUAAGAAGACUGAUA